CAGUAAAAACUACACAAAGGCACACACACACGCCAGCAGCUCUAGAGGUGGCCAGUUUUUUAAGUUACACUGUAAUCCGAACUGCACAGCAUCCAAGUAUUCAGGGUCUUUGCCACCACUCACACUGGACAGGAAAUCAAAGAAAUAAUACACACAAAAAAUAUUCUUGUGAAAGCUGUGGUGACUUAGUUUCGUUCGCAAAUCAGCCACUCGGUUUCUUUCACAGUUCCAGUGCUGUCACACUCAAUUUCGCAACGAAGUCAAUCCAUCGUGAAAACUUCCGUCAGGGAGAUUCCUUUUCUGUUUAAAUAAAAGUCAAAGGCUUGGGGACACUUCUCUGUAUAACGUGGAGAACCGUGCUGUUGAAAUACGUACUCAAGAGGGAUAAAGAUCUCGUUCUUGAUAACUACACACAUCUCUGGCUGAACACUAAUCUGCUCGUUAAUAGCUGGCUUUGAAACCUGAGGCAGCAAAUCGCAAAAAGUCAUACCUAGGCCAUGAGCUAUACAUACGGCGACGGACACUUCAACAGAGGUGCUACACAUGAUAUUGGGACGCCCGGAUGGGCACAAACAACCGGCUCGUUCUCUCAGGAGGACCACAGUGAUUAUCUACAACCUUCGGGACCAAGUCUAACGUCGCAUAAUUUGUUGUUGAACGUGACAAAAGAGGAGUGUGAUUUGUUGGAUCCACAGCGUUCUCUACAGCACGAGUUACUCAUGAAUGGAAUUCAAGUUGUAAAGACUGAAGGCGACGUUAUGGCACCCAGUUUUGCGAUGAGUACGGGGUCUGACAAGUCAAGCCCAUCGAUAAAGUUGGGUAAUGACGAUAGCUACGGGAACAACAACAUAUAUUCGGGUUCUGAGCAAGAUCUGGCGGCAAAGAGGAAAGCACAGAAUAGAGCAGCCCAGAGGGCGUUCAGAGAACGUAAAGAGAUGAAACUGAAAGAACUCGAAGAUAAGUUGACCAAAUCGGAGACUGACAAUGCAGAACUACAAAAGCAACUGGAGAAGUUACAGAAGCAGAACAUUGUAAUAUCCACGGAGAACAAAUUAUUACAGAAGUCUGGAGGCAGUGCUGUAUUGUCAACGGUGGAUCCUUCAACCUCUUCGUUCUCAUUUCCUAGUGAAGAGCCACUGCUAGGAAAGUAUUACAAAUCUGAGAAACAACUACAAAACCCUCAAAUACCUUAUGAAUCUAAGAGAUUGACAAUUCCUGAAACUUGGGAAUAUCUCAUGGAAAAAGACGACCCAAGAAUAAACAUCGAAGACGUUCUAGAAAGGGUAAAGGGACUUGAAGUUUGUCAUAGACAUGGACCUGCUUAUCCUCUUAGUCUCAUUGAUGACAUCAUUAGGGAAUACUUGGUAUAGAAAUAAGAGCCAUAUACGAGGCUGACAAGAAUUUACAACGAGGAUUCUGCUUUUGAUUCGUUUGAUUAAACUGGAAUUUAGCACUACGAGGCGUUACGAUACCAUGGGUUGGGAAGGAUGAGACUGGUGAUAUUUCAAUCACUUUUUACGAUAACAGUUUUAUAAUUAUCAUGCUUUUUUUUCUCUUGGGGUGUUUAUCAGUAAAGGUCCAUGUAUUAGUGUAUU